AUGGAAGUCGCUCCAGGUUCCAAAGCCACCCUUUCUGAUCCAGCAUCCCCGGGUCCCGGGUACAUUUUCUUUCGCCUCGUCAAUAUCGUAACUCUCAUCGCCUGCUUUGCCGUCCUGGCACAGGCCAUGUCCAUGUUCUCCAACUCAAAUUCAAGCACACCGCAAUCUGUCGUUUUUAUGUUCGCGGUGGGGAUAAUAGGUACUGUGUGGUCGAUACUGAUAUUGAUAACAUUCCUACGGGCGAAUAAUGUAUCGAUCACCAUCGCUUUCUUCGAUUUUGUGGGGAUGAUAUUGUGUAUUGUGGGUGUGGCAUUAUUGACGAAGCCGGCGAUUGAUGAGUGCGCGGCGGCGAAGGCGGGGGACCAGAAUGAAAUUUCUAGGACUGAUAACGUAGGUUCGGUCUGUGGGUUGUUAAGGGCGGGGUGGGGGUUAGCGCUUGCGAAUAUCGUCUUAUUCUUCCUCUGUUGUGUCGGCGGCGUCCAGAUAGCUAUGAUGGUAGCGGAUGAAUACCGACGAGUUGGAGGACCCGUCGCCCGCCGUACCGUCAUCGAAGAAGGAUAUCCGGUCCAGCCCGCUGUCAGAAACGUUUCACAAACGACCACAGCAGCGGUGCCAGUUCAGCCCGGUGCCGUAUUUGUCGAAAAGGACAGGUCAUCAAAGCGACACAGGACAAGCCGGAGCGGCGAUCGCCAUCGCCAUUCCCAUUCGUCAUCUAAGAGGAGAAGAUCGUCCCAUGCAUCUAUCGGAACUAGAGAUGAUUAUUACUACCCUGAUAGAAGAGAUUCGAGGAGGGACUCAAGAAGGGACUACUAG